AUUGACUUGGAACAAUACCCAACUGGACCCCACAUUGCUUCCCGGAUGCUCUACACCGCGGAGAAUUCAUUUGGGGAUGUGAGCGACAAGGUUGUCGCAGAUUUUGGCUGUGGGUGUGGUACAUUAGGUCUUGCAGCUGGUCUCUUGGGUGCUCAACAUGUUAUUGGGCUCGAUAUUGAUGAUCAGUCUCUGGAGAUUGCAUCAAUAAAUGCAGAUGAUCUUGAGUUAGACAUGAAUUUUGUUCAGUGCGACAUCAAGAACUUCAGAUGGAGAGAUCAAAUUGUUGAUAAUGUCAUAAUGAAUCCUCCAUUUGGAACACGGAAAAAAGGAGCUGACAUGGAUUUCCUCUCUGUGGCUUUGAAGGUUGCUUCUCAAGCCGUUUAUUCCUUGCAUAAGACAACAACAAGGGAUCAUGUGAAGAGGACAGCCUUGCGGGAUUACAAUGCUAGCAGUGCUGAAAUUUUAUGUGAGCUUCGAUUUGAUGUGCCAUGCCUCUACAAAUUUCACAAGAGAAAGGAGGUUGAUAUUGCGGUGGACCUAUGGCGAUUUGUUCCACAAAAUAGUCAAGUAAAACGUCUUUAA